UCCCCUGCGGUGGGGAGAUUAUUUUAAGAAAAAGUUUACUUCUUCCUGAAAAGCUGAACUGGAGCGGGCAGCGAUGGCAGGGAGGAGCGGGAGGAGGAGGCCGGGUGCCGCGUCACGAUUGACAGCGGCAUGUGCGGGGCGCCUAUAAACGGCGGCGCUGAGUGACAGGGCGGGCAGCGACGGCCGCGGGGCAGGGCAGCCGCACUCCGGCCAUGGGCUCGACCCGCCGGGCCCUCGCGGGCCUCUACGGGCGGGGAACGAGCCACAUCGACGGGGCGGAGGAGGCCGAGAGCGCGGCCUGGGCCUCGAGGCCGGACCGGCGGAGUUACCUGCUGGGCAUCCGGCCCCAGAACAGGAGCACCUUCUGCGCAAUCAUUUCUCAGCUGACGGAGGAAACACAGCCACUAUUUGAAACCACUAUCAAAUCCCGUUCUGUGUCCGAGGACUCUGAUGCUAAAUUCACGUGCAUAGUGACAGGGUACCCACAGCCRGAGGUGACGUGGUACAAGGAUGAUGAGGAGAUGGAUCGCUACUGUGGCUUACCCAAGUAUGAGAUAUUCCGUCAUGGAAACCGCCACACUCUACAGCUCUACAAGUGCCGGGAGGAGGAUGCAGGCAUUUACCAGGCCUCAGCUAGAAAUACCAAAGGCAUUGUGUCCUGUUCCGGUGUGCUGGAAGUGGGAACCAUGACGGAGUUCAAAAUCCAYCAGAAGUGGUUUGACAAAAUCAAGAGAAAAGCUGAAGAAAAGCUGCAAGAGAUAGAACAAGGCAAGAAACGAGGAAAAGAAAAUGUGGAAGUGGAGAAAUUGCAGGGAAUGAGCCCUGAACGACUCCAGAGGAAGCGGAGGCUGGCUAGAGAUCAGAACCUCCAAUCAGGAGACUCUUCAUGGGAGAAGGAAGAUGCAGCAAAAGUGCACGUUGCAGAUUCACAGUCCAGGUUACACAAGGAUAUUGCUGAGACAAAGGAGCAGCCACUCAGUGUGAUGCCAGGCUUCCCAAACAAACUGGUGUCCCCUCUGAAAGCAGAGGUGACCACCAAUGGAGAUGCCACUUUGGAAAGUGGGGAGGAGAGCGGGAGCAACUUUCUCGCRUACAUCUACGAGACAGUGGAGGACCUGGCGACUAAGCCAGGGGCAAAAGACUCUGCUGCUAAAAAGAAAAAGAAGGUGGRGGGUCCUUCAGCAGCAACGCAGGAAGUUUCCAAGCGAGAAGAAAGUGGGAGAGAUAGGGCCAAUCUGUCUUCAAAUCCCAGGUUUGCUCCUCCUGUCCCCUUACGCAGGAAUGCACGUGUGAAGGCAGCAAGCGAUCAAGAAGUAGAAACCAGUCCAGAAGUCAAAGAGCCUGGGAAAGCUGUGAAACAGGACACUAAAACCAGUGACGAUGUGUGCUUCUCUUUAAAGGACUUGUAUUUCGAUAAGCAAGUGAAACCAGAGGCAAGGAAGAAGGAGGUGGGAGCAACGGACGAGGCCAGGCAUGAGGCUGUCCUGCAGCCAGUGGCAGUCUGCAGACAGACAGAGAAUGCUCCACUGUCCUCUGAGGUGUUGGAGGCAGGACCUGUGUUGUCCGAGGGACAGAGAGGCCAGCAGCAAGAGCAGAAGUUGGAGGAAAACAAAGAGAUUGCAGCAAGAGUGGGACAGUCUCCUGGUGACCUAAAGCAUCUAGUAUCCAGUCCAAUCACAGAGACUAGUCAGCAAGCCAGUAAGCUAGAGGAGGUCAGGAAAGAGGUGCCUGUGUGCCAGGAGACCAGGGGUUCUGUGAAAAGGACAAAUCCUCGGUUUAGGCCUCAGGAGCCACCAAAGCCCCCAGCACCAUCUCCAGACCAUGUGCAGUCUGGCGAGCAGCACCCACCCCCUAGGAAACAGGCAGAAAGACAUUCCCAUGCUCUUGAGGGCAGAGAGACUCAGCCAGGACUGUUAAAACAAGAGAACAAAAACCAAGGUGGGGAAGAAUCCUUGCUAAAAACUUUGAGUCCYCCGGAACCUGGCGAAAACACUCCUCUUGAACAAAUCCCAUGUCAGACAGUCAAGGAUGGGAAGAGCAAAGAGGCAGGAGCAGAGUUGUGUGGGAGCCAUCCUGGUGUGAGGUCAGGAGAGAGUGAUGCAGCAGAACCACGUCCUGGGGCUGUGCACAGGGUGGCAGAAGGGGCACCUUUGGGACAUCAGAACACUGAAAUGGCAGCUCCUCCUUCAGUUCCUCUUGCCGAGGAAGAGCUGCAUCCUGCCCCUGCAGGGAGGCCAUCGGUGACUUGGGACGCACUGCUGGCAGCUCGUGGCACCCYAGGGAUGGAAGCCACUGCAGUAGAGGUCCCAUCUGGAGCCCAGCUGCUGCCUCCUGCAAGUAGAGAAACAGAAGUCACAGCAACAGAUGGAUCUGCCCCGCGAGAGGUGUUUUCAGCCAGCGCGUUAGAGGAGAAUGCCAAACCAGUGCCCAUGGGACUUCAGGAGAAGGAGGGAGGACUGCUGACAGCCAUAGCUCCAUSCCAGGAACCAGCAGCAUCUUCAGGGACUUGGGAAGGAGUCUCUCAGGUUCAGCCAAAGGUACCACUGGUCCUGCCUGGCUCCGAGACAUCUCAGGAGAUGUCUUUGGAAGAGAAAAUGCAGCACAAAAACCUGGUUUCCUCCUUAAAGAACUACCUGCUGCUACUUCUAAAAAUGUCAGAUAGCAGUAAGGAUGCCACAAAAGGAGACACUGACUCUGGGGACAAGGAGCAGCCAAAUGCAGGGGAAGGCAUGAUCCCAGAGAUAGGCAUUGCUGGCCUUAGCCCUCGCACCUCAAGGAGAGUUUUGGAAAAGGUACAGAACAACCAGCUCUUCCAGACAGCAGAGAACUUGCCUCUGACCCCCAGGACAUCCAGACGGAUCACRGGCAUGAUUAACGAGGAAUUUGUUACCAGCAAGGAGAUUCUGGCUUGCCAACCUGUGCCACCAAAGAGGCGCACCUGGAAGGCUCCUGAGGCCGAGGGGCCACCUCCGCUCUCAGUGCCUUCCAUUGUGGUGGGCAGCAUGCCCACAUCAGGAGUGGCUCCUCAUCUUUCUGAUGUGCCUCCAGUGAGUUCUGAAGAGAGCCCUGCUGACCCUCUGGCAGUGCUACCUUGUGCCACACCAGAAGAACUUGCUUUGGGAGCCCGGCGCAAAAUAUACCUGCCAAAACCCAAACAGGUCGGGGAGGAAGAGGAUGUGGCCCCCGGGAGCACGGGGCAUGCACGAAGUCCAACUGUUUCACCACGGCAAUCCAGGAAGAAUGCAUCCCUCUUGCAAUCUCCUGCCCCAGCUCCAUCCUCUGCCCCAGAGCAGUGCUCUCCAACCCUCAUGAGGAAGAUGGCCACAUUGGAGGUUCCUAAGCUGUAUGAGGAACCUGCAGGUGACACCACUGCUGRCCAAGAGGUCCCUGAAGAUGCUAAGCCAGAGGCACAGCCAGCUGAGUCCCAGAAAACAAAUAACCCACUUAAAGCUCCACAGGUGGUCCGUAAGAUCAGGGCCGAACAAUUUUCCGAUGCAUCAGGAAACCUGAAACUUUGGUGCCAGUUCUUCAAUAUAUUGAGUGAUUCUAAGCUGACGUGGUACAAGGACGAGAUCCCUGUAGCUGAAGCCCAAAGGAGUGCUGGUGACGAGGGCCAGGCAGCUUUGGCUGUUGUGCAGGCRUCCCAGAAGGAUUGCGGGGUGUAUCGGUGCGUGAUCAGCAACGAGUAUGGCACCGACUCCACGGAUUUCCUGCUCAGCCCGGAAGURUUAUCGGGAUUUAUCCUGCGGGAAGAGAUUGAAGUUGGAGAGGAGAUCGAGAUGACACCCAUGGUGUUUGCCAAGGGUUUGGCUGAUGCAGGCUACUGGGGGGAUAAGCUCUUCGGGCGCGUGGUGAGCGAGGACAUGGAAGUGGGUGCUGGUUUCCUGCGCAAAGCCUGCCGUGCCAGAGCCAUCUACGGCCUGGAGCCUAUCUUUGAGUCUGGCCACACCUGUGUCAUCAAAGUGCACAAUUUCAUCAUCUUUGGGACCAAGAAUGAGAACAGCCUUAUYGAGAAGAACUAUGAUAUCACCAUCCAGGAAUGUAAAGUCCAAAACUCCAGCCGUGAGUACUGCAAGAUCUUUGCUGCUGAGGCACGAGCUGUCCCUGAUUUUGGAGCGGUGCCUGAGAUAAUUCCUCUGUACCUGAUUUAUCGACCGGCCAACAACAUCCCUUAUGCCACAAUGGAGGAGGACCUGGGCCAGCCCUGCAAGCAGUACUGUGUAACUGAGAGAGAUGGCAGCUUGGUGGCACGAGGCACCUCGGAGAUUGUGCUCAAAUGCUGUACCUUCCAGCAUUGGGUCUACCAGUGGACAAAUGGAAACAUCCUCGUGACUGACAUGGAAGGAGUGGGCUGGAAGUUGACCAACGUGCGGAUUGCUACCAACCUGAAAGGGUACCAGGGGCUGAAGGAGAGCUGCUUCCCGUCCCUGCUGGAGCAAUUCCCAACCGCUCACAGAUGCAAUCGUUACUGCAGCAUCCUGGGCCUGAAGACGCUGGAGCCAACCAAGCCCAAGGGCUCCAAGAGUCCCUGCCUGGGCAGGAAAUCUGCCCAGUCCAGCCCCCAGCUCCAGAAGAAGGUGCUGACAAGUCCUCAAGGCACCCGCAAGGCUGCUGUGAGCCCCAAGAGCUCCCGGAGAGCUGCAGAAACAGGGGAGGCUUCAACAGCCUCCAAACCCAGGUCAGGAGAGAGCGGCAAAGCUGGCUGCCCGCAGUAGCCAGAGCUGCUGCAGCUGGGACUCCCACUCUGGCCCCCAGCCUGGGUGCAGCAUGUGACCAGUGUGGGAAGGGGAGACCCUGGCAGUGGCCAUCAGGGGCUCCUGCCUGGCCUGCACGCUCACAGUGUGUGGUGUGUGCUAAUUGUGAGCAGUUGGGCCAGGCCUGCGGGGUUGGGAGCCAUGGGCCACUACCCCAGUACCUCUGUACAGGAGCUGUUGCUGGAGCCUGCUGGGGCCAUGUGCUUCUCCGUGCUUGGACUCACUUUCCUCUCUCAAYUUUCCAUAGCCUUCCUUGAGGCAGGGGCAGAGCUCCCUCAGGCUUUGCAGGCACCAUGUCCCUGCCUGGCUCCCCAGCAAACUCGGAGUCCUGGAGGCCCUACUGGCUCCCAGCACUUUGUGUCCCUCUCUGUGUCCCCCAUAAAGCAACCAGGCCGAGCCUCGCCAGUGCUGUCAAGGAUGAGAGCUCYACCAGUGCCCAGGCAGUCCCCUGUGCCCUGGCAUGCCCUUUUUUCCUGCAGAGGGUUCCAGCAGUUGCUGCAGGGCUCCUCUGCUAUGGUGUAGGGCUCUGCGGUGUUGGCUGGUUCCAGGGCAGAGUGCUCGCACUGGUAGCAGCAGCUGCAUAGGGAUGGGAUUUUGCASCCCUGCCUUCCCCUGCGGGGAAGUCUCUCACCCGCUUGCUGGGGUCUGCUGAGGGUGGGUGGCCAUGCUGCUCUGGGUGGUGGCCAGUGCUAUGGUAAGGAUGCUCUACCUCACAUGGGAUACCUGGGAGCAGGGCAAAGGGGCAACUUCCCCCCAUGCCAGGCUCUGCCUUGGCAGAUGGGGGUGUCUAGCCCACAAGGCUCGCUCCUCCUUCCCCUACUGCCAUACAUAGACCCUGUACACCCCAGCCCCACAGCAUGGUCUGGUGCUUAGCAUCACCCCUGUUUGGCACAUUCUGGGCUCCAGUGACAGCUGGUGGUACCCACUCCAAAUCCUGCUACCCCUGGCUCGAGACAGUGAUGGACAGGUACAGGAGCUAUCUGCUCCAUCACCCCACAGAGCAUUUCCUUCCUCAGGGCAGGAGAGUGCUGGGUGCCAGUGACAACCACCCUGCAGUGUGGGCUCCCAAAUGGUGGCUCAGUGCAGCCUGAUGGAGGGAAGGGGCCAGGCUGGGAAGCAUGGCAUGCUCUGGGCUCCUCCUCYUUCAACGUUGGGUGACUGUAAAAUACCGAUAUACAUAAUGCAGCUGCAUUGGUGACUCGGUGCUCUCGAGUGCAAUAAAGCGAGAAGGA